AUGAAGUUCUUAUCCACUGACAAGACUAUCAUCAUCUUUAUAUUGUCUCCACAAAAUGAUAUCGUUAUGAAUUCAGAAUCAACAAACAAGCCUUUAGAGUGCGUCAUGAGUGCUUUAAAAGAACUGUUUAUGUUUCCAUCCAUUAAACGUUCAUCAAACGAAUUAUGCAAUGGUUCGAAUGUUGUUAUGAGCUUUGAGUUAAUUAUUCAAAUAUCUACAGAUAAUCCAACAUUUAAUCUUCCAUUGGAUGUAAUAAAUCAAGAGCUUGAUGUUCUAUGA